UGUGUUCUGCAGGUUCAGGAAAACUCUCCAGCUCAACAAGGGGGACUGGAACCUUUCUUUGAUUUCAUCAUUUCCAUAGGACACACAAGGCUUAAUAAGGAAAACAAUAUGUUGAAAGACCUGCUGAAGGCAAAUGCUGAGAAAGCAGUGAAGCUGGAGGUGUAUAAUAUCAAAACAAUGAAAAUACGAGAGGUGGAGGUGAUCCCCAGUAACAUGUGGGGAGGACAAGGCCUUCUUGGAGCCAGUGUGAGGUUCUGCAGCUUCCAGGGAGCCAAUGAACACGUGUGGCAUGUUUUGGAUGUUGAACCUGCAUCUCCUGCAGCUCUGGCUGGUCUCCAGCCCUACACUGACUAUGUAGUUGGAUCUGAUCAGAUUCUCCAGGAGUCAGAGGAUUUCUUUUCCCUGAUUGAAUCCCAUGAAGGGAAGCCGCUGAAGCUGAUGGUUUAUAACACUGAAGCAGAUUCCAUUCGAGAGGUAGUUGUGACUCCCAAUGGAGCUUGGGGUGGAGAAGGAAGCUUAGGAUGUGGUAUUGGAUAUGGCUACUUGCACAGAAUUCCAACACAGUCCAUAGCAUCAAAGAAAAAAACAGAAAGCAAACCACCUUCACCCUCACCAGAAGCUGGAACUCCUGUGCCAUCCACUAAUGGUUAUACAGAGACUCCAUUAUUGGCACCUACCUCCCAGAGUGACACCUCUGAAACAGUUAUGAACUUGGAUCGUUCCACAGGUCAAGAAAUCAGUGGUUAUUCACCAGAAAGCUCACUGUCCCCUCCUCCCCCUCUCCAGAGAGUUAUGGAUCCAGGAUUUCUAGAUAUGUCUGGCAUUUCAUUUUCUGAACUUGGCAGCUUAACAGAAGUCUCCAACAUGCCUCCAUCUGCCUCCUUCAGCAUGCCACCAGCAGCUGCUUCUGUGGGCCCUGAAAAGUUCAUGGCGAACAGUGAAGCCUCUGCUCAUUUUGAACAUGGCACAGCUUUGGCCCCUGAAGAUACAACUCUCUAUUCCGAAGGCUCAGUCAAGCAGCCUGAGUUGGACAACCUACUGCCCUCAAUUCCAUCUUUACCUUCUUUUACUCUUCCUAAUGAAAUUUCUUCAACAACAACAACACUAGGAACUGAUCCUGAUGACCAGGAAUCAAAGCUGUUUGUGAACAGCACUGAGAGCUCAUUAACCAUUGCUCCAGGGAAACCAGAGGAUGAAGCAGCAACUGAACAGAAAGGAGAAACAUCUGCACAAGAUCCUGAGUGA